CACCAGACGAAUUCUUGUCUUCGUCCUGUUGACAACUGCAGCCUCUCUACCGGAAGUCUUCCCCCAGCCGCGUCCCUCGAAAAGCCCCUUCUCGUCUAGGCGUUCCCAGCGACCUCGCCCUCGAGUCCUCGCAGUCCGGAAGGUCUCGAGUCCUGCCAGUUGCGUCCAAGCCAACUGAAUCCGAUUGCCUGCGAGCGCUGGCGGAAGGAGCCGCGGCGCUCGCAAUUCGCGCCAUGGCGUCCUUCGAUGAACUGGCGCAGGAGCUGGAGACGCUGGGCCUCGAGCAGCACGACGAGUGGGCGCAGGCCGGCGUCGAGAGGGAAGGCGCCGCCGACAAGGAAGUGUGCGCCGUCAUCCCCGAGGGCGCCUUCACCUUCAGCGACCUCAAGCAGCGCAAGGCCGAGCGGAGGGCGCAGCGGGCGGCGGAGCGCCAGCGCCAGCCGCCCGAGCAGAAGGAGGAGGAGCCCUUCGUGGUCACCCAGAAGGAGAUGGCGAAGAUCCUGGCGGGCAACCCCGUGCCGAAGGAGGAGAAGAAGAAGAAGAAGAAGAAGAAGAACCAGCGCCAGAGGAAGGCGAUGCGCAGGCAGCAUGAGCAGUUCCACGGCUUGUGAGCAGACAGACAGACAGACAGAAACACACACACACACACACACACACACACACACACACACACACA